UAUUUUAGUUUUUUGCAGUGAAGCUGAAACUCUUACAGAAAGGGAUGAUGAAUGAGCUGAAUAGGUUUUCUGUAUUAGAAGAGAAACUAGGCCACCGGAGCACAACAGUCAUAAAUAAUGCAAGACCUGGCAUUUGGUUUUUGUUUUGCAGACAUCAUUGAAGCGCCACUGCACUUCCUGCAGCGGAGAGAGAACAGGUUUAACGUCUGAAGAAGAAGGCAAAAGAGGAGGUCUGGGGGGGAGGACCUGUUAGAGGGGGAGGUUUAAAGAGGAGAGAGCGAGAGGAGGUGGAGUCAUAACAGAGGAAAGCAGAGCGGUGCGCUUUCAGAGAGGACAGAAGCGGAUACAUCUGAGCAGAAACUGUCGCCUUCUAAAGAUGGAUUUAAGUUUUCUCCAAGUUCUGGAGAGAGAACGCGUCCUGGAGGUUCUUCACAGAGACAAACAUCUGCGGAAGAUUGAAGAGGAGAGGAUCAGGAAGAUGAAGUGCGAUCUGCAGGACCUACGGAGGAAGGGCGCAAAGAGCUACGCCCGGCAGUACGGGGAGAGGACCUGCGCCCGGUGCCAGAGGCCUCUGGGGAAGUUCUGGAACACCGGCGCCGUGUGCCGCGGCUGCAGCCACCGCAUCUGCAGCCGGUGCCGUGUGGGGGUUGCAGACUGGAAGUGCACCGUGUGCCAUGCUUACAGGGAAGUGAAGAUCAGAUCAGGAGAAUGGUUUCUGGAAGAAAAGGCAAAGAAAUUUUCUGCCACCAAAGACAAAUAUGAGACAGUGGGAGAGAAACUACUGAACCUCUACACUGUGCAGAGACACAUAUCCGUUGUGCCUCCAACUCCUCCACCUCACCUGGAACAGGAUUUUAGAGGCAAAUUUAGGGAACUGAAGAAUUCAAAGGCUUUUGCACAAUCUAUGGAGGAUCUUAAGGAUUGCUUCAAGAGUCACAUUAGAAAAUUUUCCAAUUCUCAACAUGAUGUAAGAGGAGACCUGCUGACAGUUGACCUAAACCAAAAGGGGACAUGUUUUCGCUACAGCACCCAAAAGAGCCUGUCAGACACGGACAUCAGCAAAUCUUGCUCCCUCUCUAAACGUGAAAGUCUUCCAAACUUGUUCAAGAAAAGCAAAGACAGCGACCACGAAGGUUCAUCUACCGGUGCAGAGGAAGAAACCUCAUUUAGCUCAGAGCACUCUUUCAAUCACAGAGGCAGCAUCAGUAGCAUUGGCACCGAGAGUGGCGUCUUUGAGGGCAUCCUUGUAACCGGGGAGAUGGAGCUCGCCGUGGCCUACAACAGCAGCAGCUCCUGUCUGGAAAUCACAGUGGGCGCCUGCAGAAACCUGACGUACGGAAACAGCAAGAAGAAGAAGAGUCACCCAUACGUGAAACUCUACGUGCUGCCGGACAAGAACAGUAAACUGAAGACAGCGGUGAAGAAAAACACGACCGACCCUGUUUAUAAUGAGGUUUUUAAGUAUAAUAUAGAGCGCCAUCUGCUGUUUGGAAAGAGACUGCAGGCAUCUGUUUGGCAUUCAGGGCCCCUGAAAAGGAAAGUGUUUCUGGGUGAGGUGCUGCUUCCUCUGGACGGCUGGAGACAAGAGAACAGCACCUUCCAAGGCCUCUACUGGUACCCGCUGUGUCCGAAGACUGAGACUGGCACAGCAGAGUACAAUGGUCACUGAACCGCCUACCAUCCUGGGGAAGACAAAGAGGCCAAAGCUUCACCUGGAGGAGGACUGGAUGUACUCUAAAAACAGCAGACGUCUGCUUUCAAAUGCCUAUAGCAACACUUUACGUUAAACUUAAUCUAUGAAGCAUACAAAUCAAAAUACUAUGUUAUGGAAAUCAAGUUUUUCCCCUGGAAAAAACAUUUAUAAAAGUCAGUGUAUAAAGUCUACUCCUAAAUUAAAUAUAUGGUCUUUCUCUGUUAGCUUGUCUAAAGUUUGCAAAGGCUUUAAUAUCAAUUUGGACCAAGCCGGUCAAUUACAGCUGGAAGUGAAACUGAAAGGAUUUCAGACAAAUUUGAAUUAAUCUUUAGACAAUGCAUAAAGGUUCUUCAGUUAGAUAAUCUGUAAAAUAUAAGAGAAUAUUAACUGUAGGUAUAGUUGUGUGUAUUGAUGCUUUAGGUCAUUUUUUUUCUACUAGAGUCAGUAAUUUAUGACUAAAUCUGCUAUCUAAAAUUAACAUUUUUAUCCAAACAUGUUUUGCUCCUUAAGAUUAUUUAUGACAUCUAGAAUAUUCCGACCUCUAAUCAUGAAUAACUUGUUUUUAAAAUAGUAAAUUUGGAGUUUGAGUAUCUUUGUUUAUGUACACACAAUUAUUCACUAUGUUAAUGUCUUCCUUUUGGUAGCUCUCCAAAAGGAAGACUCUUUACUAUGUGAACUCUGCAUCCUGUUGGCCGACGCGUUUCUGUCUUUACCUUCAAAAUCAACAUGUUUCACAUCUUCAAAUACAACAAAAACAGAGCUGGCACUUUUCCCUAAGAGUAGAUUGCAUGUUAAAUAAAUUAGGCUUCAAAAAAGUAGUGAAUGAGGUUUAUUCAUAAAUCACAUUUAUAGUAGAACAACUUUUAAAUGAUCAUUAAUUUAUUUUUAAUUCACAAUUCAUGCCAUAAAAAAGUGGACCCACUUUAAAUCACCAAAAUAUUUAGUGCUUACAAACGUAACCGUUUAAAGUAAAGUGUUGCUGCCUUUCAGAUUCAGAUCCCUCGUUAAUCUUUAGUUCUUCAACGUGACGAUUUUAAACUCUGCAUCUCAAACGAGACGAUCUGAAAGCACUGACAUGUCUGACAAACGUAACCUGGAGCUACAGCCGCCGCAUCGCAGGAAGUGGUUUCUUCAGCAGGACAAGUGGGUCCGGCUGGCUCUUCAGCAUUUCGUUCUGCACAAUGAUGCCUUUCUUGUUUCGGAGCAUGUGAGAGACUUCCUCUGGUUUCAAGGCUUUGGCACGCUGUUGCUCUGGAAGGAGAGCUGCAGUCGAUGACACAGUAUUUUUCCUGAGUCGCCAUGGCAACUGGAAAACUGCCUGACUUCACUUGACUCUUGCAAACAGACAGAAAACUUGGCGAUACUCAACAUCCCUCAGACUAAGUUUUAUUAUUAGUAUUAUUAUUAUCAAACUACUGGGCACUUUAUUCUUUAUGUUCCUUUUGUCACAACUAUCUUUUAUUCAUAAUGCUUUUAAUUUAUGUUGCUAUUUGUUUAUGUAUUUAUUUCUAACUGUAUGACAACCUGUUUACUGAUACAUUGCAGAAGUAUGAUGACAUAAUCAUACUGCUACUGGAAUAAAAACCAAGUCAGAAAACUUCUCUUCUCUACCUGUAAAGAAGUUUUGACCUACAUUCCAAUAAAAGUCUUAAAAAUACACAAAAUAAUCACAUAACUUCACAAUUUUAGUUUUGUCUUUUUUCUUAUAAAAGUAUUCUAGUUAAAGCCUAAAGUUAAUUUUAUUUUAUUGGGAAUAUAUGUGGUUUAUUGCAAAUUUAAUGCAAUUUCUUCAACUGUUCUGAAUGUUUAUGAACUUAAAAAAAAUAAUCUUUUUUAGGUAUUUAGAACAUCAAAAUAAACUAUCACUUUUGAAUGCUGAUUAAGUGAAAAAAAAAUGUAAUAUCAAUUAAGACCCAACAUCCAGUGUAAGAGAUAUUUGAUCAGAUCUAAAUUAAUAAGAUAAAUAAAAGAAAAUUGUUGCAAUAUGUAUUAACUAACACAAAGUAGAAGAAAACAAAAUUUAAAUACAAAAACCUUUUUCUCCUUGGUGCUUCAACUUAAAUCAUUCAAUGUCUUCCACUUUAUGUCUGUUUUCAUUUUAAUUGCCUUUUGUAAGGCAACAAAUCUUAUUUAAAAAAAUAAAUCAUUUCAGUAGCAAGAAGCAAACUGAUAAUAUAAAAUACAAAUAAAAUCCACAAGGCUCCAGUGACGUCCGGGAACACCCUGCUAUGGAAGCGACCUUACAGCAAAUGUUUGCUUUUUAUUCUGUAUGGAGCAAAAUGCAAAUUACUGGAGAUUCUCUGCAACAGUUUCCUCUCUGCCCCACAUGCAUGCUCAAUUCAAAAAGUUACAAUCCUGCAAUAAACACACAGGGGUGACAAAUCAAGUUACUUUAUUGGCAAUAUGUUGAAACCUCAUUAUAAAAUCCUGGUUAUAUACAAAUCCCAGCAUAGCCGAGCGUUUCUGCAUGACGGUUUUAGUAAAUGCUACUUUAGUCCAAGAGUUUGGUGAGAAAUCCAACUUUAAAAACAAACCUCCACAUGUCAUUGUAACUGUGAGUGACCAGACAGAAAGGCCACUUUAGAGGGUAAAAACCCUCAACAUGUGCUUCUUAUAUUGUAACAAUGCGACAUUGAACAAACUGAUAGAAAUACAAACAAAGCUUCGUAUUAUUCAACACGUUGCUCUGAAUGAUCUGCACAGCUAAUGAAAAGAAAGUAAUCUGGAAAGUUCAUCUAAA